AGAGGCACUGAGAGUGGAGGUCUCAGACUCUUGAAAGGGGAUAUACUAGACACACAAAGACAGCCCCAAGAAGGAAGGCGGAGUAGUGUCCUCGCUAAAAGACAGUAGAUAUGAAAUGCCUCCUGCUCCUGCCCGUUCUCCUGCUGGGAACAGUUUCUGCUCUUCAUCUGGAGAAUGAUGUCCCCCAUCUGGAGAGCCUAGAGACAGAGGCAUACCUAGGCCAGGAUCUGGAUAGUUCGGGGGAACAGGAGACAGAGUUGGUUUUGACCAAGGAGGUGAUUCAGGCAGAGGGAGAGGAGGUCAAGGUUUCUACCUGCCAAGAUACCUUUGAGGAGGAGGAAGCCAUGGAGUCGGACUCAGCUGCCUUAGACAAGGACUUUCAGUGCCCCAGGGAAGAAGACACAGUUGAAGUGCAGGGAAGUCCAAGGUGCAAGACCUGCCGCUUCCUGUUGGUGCGGACUCCUACAACGUUUUCAAGAGCUGAGAACGUCUGCAAGAGAUGCUACGGAGGCCACCUUGUCUCCAUCCACAACUUCAACUUCAACUAUCGCAUUCAGCGCUAUACUAGCUCAGCCAACCAGGGCCAGGUCUGGAUUGGAGGCAUUCUCAGGGGCUGGUUCCUGUGGAAGCGGUUUUGCUGGACUGAUGGGAGCCACUGGAAUUUUGCAUACUGGUCCCCAGGGCAACCUAAGCUCGGGAUUGGCUGCUGUGUGGCCCUCUGUACCAAAGGAGGUUAUUGGCGACGAGCUCUAUGCAAGAAGCAACUGCCCUUCGUCUGCUCCUUCUAAGCCAAUGGCGUGGAGACCCUGCCUGCAGCCUCCUGCAGUCGCCCAGCCUCUCCUGCUCAUAAAUUCAGACUUCCCACAGCA